AUGCACCUCUGGCUGGAGCUCGUGAGUGUGCUCUUCUCUCUGUUUGUAGAACGGCGCAAGCGGUUCAAGACUCUGCUCGAAGCGCACAACAUCCCAGAGACUUCAGCCUUGAUGAGCGCUCAAGCCCAUCGCAGCCACAUGUUCCCGUCCACUGCGGCGGCACACACAUCCAAGCUUAGUGACGCCAAAGCGGUCAACAAGGCAGAGGGAACCACAGAUAAGGAAUACGUCGAGGAACAUGGCUAUUUGUCGAGCGAUCCGGAGGAAUAUUUCGAGGCUGAUCUGUUUGUUGGAGCGCGCGCAGAAAGCAUGGCAGAGGACUUGGCACGGGUUCAGGCGGCCAAUCAAGCGCGGGGCCUGAGCGAGUCGGACGACUUUAGCGAGGGUGAUGCGGAAGAUUGCUUAGCUGGGCAAACCAUCAUGUCGGUCGAGGACAUUCAGCGACGACGAGAGGCUCAUCUCGUCAAGCUGCGCCACCUGUACCAUCAAAAAAUGCAACGCUUGCAGCAGCAGCUGUCUCUCAAGCGACUGGCUUAUGAGAAGGAUGCAGACGAGCUUCGCAGCUCGAUAUCGCGCGUGCAGGCGGAGCUUGACGCCGACGCCACCGCCCAACUGCGCGCGCAAGGCAUGCUUGAGCCCAUGGACGCUACUCCCGACGGAGAGGAGGAAGAUGAAGAUGCUGAUGAAGACGGCACCAUCCCCAUUCCAGCACACCGCCAAGCUUUGGCCAUGCGGGUGCCCCGGGAAUUGGAUUUGGAUGAAUUGGAUACCGAACCCAUUAGCCUCGUGCCUACCCGCCAAGACGCGGCAUUGCUGGUUCGCAAGCUACGCACACUGCCAACACCGAGUGGAUCUCAUGCGGAAUCCCCAAAACCCGAGACUAAGACUGAGACCUCCUCACCGACUGAGACGAUGGAUUUAACGCGGCCCCAGGCCUUCCGAUGCAUAUUCGAGGCCCGCGCAUCGUCUGAGGCGACAGACGGAGCGGUCGAGCGUUGCCCUGCCAUCGCGCUGCCGUUUAGCCAAUAUUGUCGUCAGCAUAUUCUCAAGGAUGAGAAGCAACAGCUUUACGUGCCCGACAUGCCGGGUCGACCCCUCUUGGUCAACGCC